GGCUCUGCCCCCAGACAUAUCAAUAAUAAUCUGAAGUCUGGCUCGUAAGACUAUUUAAACACACACAGACACACACAGAUAACCUAAAGGCUCCAGAUCACAAUCAGAAUGAGGGUUUUGCUCGCUGUCGCUGCUCUUGUGGUCGCGGCCGGUGCUGCCAGCGUCUCUAUGGAGGAUCUGGAGUUCCACGUCUGGAAACAGAAGUUUGGUAAGCAUUAUGGUUCAGUGGAUGAAGAGUCUCGCCGUAAAAUGACCUGGCUGGACAGUCGUAAGCAGGUCCUGGUGCACAACCUGCUGGCUGACCAGGGCAUCAAAAGCUACAGACUCGGCAUGACCCGCUUUGCAGACAUGGACAAUCAGGAGUACCAAGCCACGUUCACGCACUGCCUGCGGUCCUCCAAUAGAACCCAGAGCCGCAGUACACCUACACUCCUCCGACACGCAGAGGGCGUUACUUUGCCCAACACUGUGGACUGGACGGAUAUGGGCUUUGUGACAGAAGUCAGGGACCAGGAGGUCUGUGGCUCCUGCUGGACCUUCAGUGCGGUAGGGGCACUAGAGGGUCAGAUGUUCCGGAAGACAGGGAAGCUGGUACCCCUGAGUGAGCAGCAGCUGCUUGACUGCUCCUGGCCCUUUGGAAACGAUGGGUGUGAAGGUGGUUUUGUGGACCGAGCCUUUCGGUAUAUCAUGGAAAGUGGAGGCCUGAUGUCAGAAAGCUCCUAUCCUUAUGAGAACAAGGAAGGGAUGUGCAGGUUUAAACCAAUGGAAGCUAGUGCUACCUGCAGUGGCUUUGAACAGUUACCUGUUGGAGAUGAGAAUGCUCUGCAGAUGGCCGUGGCUGCAAUCGGACCUAUUUCUGUAGGCAUAGAGGCCAGCCGUAGCACCUUACGGUUGUACGAGUCAGGGGUGUAUGAUGAUCCGUACUGCACUGAUGAGAACCUGAAUCACGCUGUCCUGGUUGUUGGUUAUGGCACUGAUGAACACGGGCAUGACUACUGGCUGGUCAAGAACAGUUGGGGUGCUAAGUGGGGUGAAAAGGGCUACAUCAGGAUGUCCAGGAACAAGAGGAACCAGUGUGGUAUUGCCUCAGAUGCCGUCUACCCUGUGGUCUAAAGAUUGGAGAAAGCCAGGACCCUGAUGAGCAUCUCAGAGGCGAUUUUUU